AUGAUCGAGUCCAGCUCCUCCUCCUCCUCCACGGCCUCCGAGCCUAUCCAGGAGAAGAAGGACACGAAAGGGGUCGACAUCAUCUUCGAUGAACCCACUGACACUGGUGCAAUGGCCGAAGAGAAAGCCGAGGAGAUCAUCGAGGCUGACAACGAGCGGAUUGAGCAGCUGAUGGCCGAACUUACCAAGGGCUUCGAUCCGAGCAAAUUCGCGGAAGACGUGUCGAACUCGCUCCCCAAGAUUCUGGAAGAUGCCUUCCCUGGCUCAUUUCAGCAUCUUUUGAGCUUGUUGCUUGAGAGCGAUGACAAAAUGCAUGAUACUCAGGUGAAACUCGAGAGAUGGCUCCUAGACCGUUACCCCCAGGUUCUCAACAAAGUCGUCCAGCGCGAGGAGAUUAAUAUUUCCGAUGAGACAUACUUUGGGGCGGAAAUCGAGACUCUGAGAAAGUUGGUGGAACCUCUUCGUGACUGGUCCAAACAGGUCUUCUGGCUUAACUACCGACGUGCAAGUCCUGCCAAAGCUCGCCAGCACCUUGAAGCAUCCGUCCUGGCAAUCGAGCUGUUCAAGGGCCAUAUUGCAACCGCGAUGGAAAAGGAUACAGAGGACCGGAUGAUCUACAACCCUCUCCCCAUCUCCGUUGAACGCACUACCCUAACCAGCCUGAAGCAGCUUCGUAUCGACGCAUGCAAGACUUCGCUUUCCUGGGACGGCUACAUGGACUCUGAUAUCGUCCUCACCAGAUUCUUCCAUGCCUACAAGGAGCUCACUUGUCAGGUGCGUCCGGAGAAAGCACGCGAAUGGGGAUGGCUUCCACCCGAGGACCUCGAGGCGCCGCUCCCCUCCGCACCCAAGGCACGUAAAGGCGAUCUCACCAUGUGGCCCUUCAAGCAUGCCAAAAAAGGAGCCCUCGAUAUGCUGCUCAAGACCGCGCUUUGGCUUGCAAUGGCGAGAGGCCUCCCAGCCGUCCACCUGUACUGUGACGUUGCCAGACUCUUCACCACCCAUCUGCCCAGCAAAACGGCCAAUGAGGCAUACAUUCGAUUCUUGCGUCAUCUAGCCCAGAUCCGCGUCUCGAUGGAUUCAAUCAGGUCCGCGCCCCCCACGCCCAUUCCUUACAAGUCCGAACCCAUCAUCACCUCCAACUACGAUUUCUACGACGACGUGUUCAAGUGCGACAGAAGCCUCACGACCGACCUGAUGACAAACCUGACUCUCUACAACAUGACCACGGCCAAAGAAAUCAGGCGCGCCACCGCCCGUCCCAUCGUGAUGUCUGCCCGCAAGAGAGCCCAGAUGAUCGAAAAGGCUUGUGCUGUUGAGGAGAAUAAAUACAACGAAGAUUGGCCUCAGACUGAUUCGGCAAGUGGCUCUCCCUUCUCGAUGAAUCACAUCAGCUAA